AUGACGACCGACCCCCAAUCGACGUCCGACAUGAGAGGGAUAAAAGGUCGAGAUGCGGAGCCCCUCUUUCCUCCCCGCUCCUCGUCAUCCCACACAGCUCCUCCUACACGGCAGCCCCCCAGCUACCACUCCACCUCCUCCUCCUCAUCUCCUCUUCUAGACCCGCCCCGCUCUCCCCCUUGCUACCCCCUCGAUCCAGAAGCCAUGGUCGCCAUCGUCAGCAAGCGUCGCGCCUCGAAGCCCUUUGUGCUGCUCGGCAGCGCCGGCCUGGCCCUCAUCCUCGUCGUCCUCUGCGCCUUUAGCGGCAACGCCGAGGCCGCCAGCAUCUCGCGCUCCCUCCUCGGCCUCAAGCAGGAGCUUUCGAAGCGCACCACCACCGUCAGCUAUGCCUACAACCGCAUGAUUGCCAACAUCGGCGGCGCUUCGCCCAGCGGCAGCUCCAACCAGGUCCCCGGCGUGCCCGCCGGCACCGUCAUCGCCGCCCCCUCGACGGCCAACCCCAACUACUUCUACGCCUGGAUCCGCGACGCCGCCCUCACCAUGAAGGUCGUCGUCAGCCAGGGCACCCUCGACCGCACCCUCAUCGAGAACUACAUCAAGGUCGAGAAGAUCCACCAGCAGAACUCGGACGGCUCGGCCUCGCUCGGAGAGCCCAAGUUCAACCCGGACGGCAGCCGCUUCACGGGCCCCUGGGGACGCCCCCAGAACGACGGCCCGGCGCUGCGCGCCUCGACGCUCAUCGCCUACGCCAAGCGCAUCGGCCUCAGCGACCCGCUCGUUACGAACACCCUCUACACGCCCUCGCUCACCGGCGGCAGCCUGAUCAAGACCGACCUCGAGUACGUGUCGCACCACUGGCAGGACAGCUCGUUUGACCUGUGGGAGGAGGUCAACGGCCAGCACUUUUUCAACCAGGCCGUGUCGCGCCGCGCCCUCCUCGACGGUGCCAAGUUUGCCACCAGCCUCAACGACCCGGGCGCAGCCUCGUGGUACAACCAGCAGGCCGCCUCGAUCAAGACGAGCAUGCAGAGCUUCUGGAACUCGGGCAGCGGCUACGUGACGGCCUACCAGGGCGUCGGCGGCCGCUCGGGCCUCGACUGCGCCGUCAUGCUCGGCGCCCUGCGCGGCUGGGACACGACCACGGCCACGGCCGUCGACACGACCGAGUUUGGCCCGGCCUCGGACAAGAUCCUCGCCACGCACAAGAAGUACGUCGACAGCUUCCGCAGCCUGUACGGCAUCAACAAGGGCGCCGCCGCCCCCGCCGCCGUCGCCACGGGACGCUACCAGGAGGACGUCUACGACGGCGUCGGAACGUCCAGGGGCAACCCGUGGUACAUCUGCACCCUCUCGUCGGCCGAGAUCAUCAACACGGCCGUCUCGGUGUUCAACUCGCGCGGCUCGAUCACCAUCACGUCGAUCUCGCUGCCCUUCUUCCAGCAGUUUGCCUCGGGCCUCUCGACGGGCACGUUCGCCGCCGGCUCGAGCCAGUUCAACAACAUCAUCACGGGCAUGAAGACCAUGUCCAAGGGCUUCGUCGACAUCGUCCAGAGCCACAGCUGGACCAACGGAAGCCUCAACGAGGAGUUCAACCGCGACACGGGCUUCAACCAGGGCGCCCGCGACCUCACCUGGAGCUACGCCGCCUUUGUCUCCAACGACGGCGCCGCCAACGGCCAGUUCCUCAAGGUCUAA